AUGAAGAAGCCUAUUACCUUUUCUGAUGUAGUAGUCAAGAAUCUCACACAACAACUCUUAAAGUCAACAUUUGUGAGUUUACUGAAUGACUACGUGGAGUCUGAGUUCUUUGUCAUUGAUGGAGACUCCUUGCUAAUUACUUGUGCUAUGAAUAGUUCCUUGUCACCAGGAGAGAGCUUACACUUGUUUUUCUUGGUAGAACAGUUUUUGUUCAAUUUAACAAGCAGGCAAGGCAGAUAUGUCAUUGUGUUUUUCGAGGACUUUAAGCACUUCUUUUUUCCGUAUCCCCUUUUGAGAUGCUGGCGCACACAGCUUAUACUGCACCUUCAGAAAAAUACCAAUAUUGACGUAUACACAUUUUCAAGCUUUCUGUGUGAAGAGUGGAAAACAUUUCUAAAAAACCAGGCUCCAUACUUCUUCAUGGUUUCUGAUGAAGGAUUGGACAAACAUCAAACUCUUUUUUUGAAUAUGUUACUACUUCAUGCUCUUGGAAAUCAGAUUGACGUUGUGCUUACUGAUGCACAGGAGUCUGAUCACCUCAGAGUCUACGGAUACUACAUGAAAUCAAAUAUUCUAAUUAAAAAAUUCGUACAAGAGAAUGCCAUCAAAUUUGAGGAGACACUUCAGGAAAAAAUUACAGCUUUCCAAAAGCACACCGAGUCAGACCAAAGUUCUCUACUUCAGGAGAUUGCAGGGGAAAAACAGUGGAGGCUCCAGUCAGUGAGGCCCAGCCGCUGCUCUCAGGUGUUCACCGGCAUGAAGGACAUCCGUCGGCGAAGAGGAGCAUUGCCUCACUGCUACUCCGGUGGGCGGUGCUCUGAGUGGGAUUCUCUGGGCAGUCGACGGCCACCUACAUUAGGACCCACCUGGAGCUCCGCCCACAGCAGCGACGCUCCUUCGCUCAGCCUGCCCAGAGGGCCCCUCCACGGAACGUUGAAGGCCAUUAAAAAUGGCAAUUUUAGUAACAAUUUUAAAGCUUUUGGACCAGAAAUAGCAGUGCAGCAAUACAUUUCUCUUCUAUCUACAAUUAUGAAAGAGAAUUGUGAUGUACGAUUUGCAACUUGUGUUUUUUCAUGCUCCUUGGCACUGAAUAUACACGCAAGGACUGAAAACUCCCAGCAUCAGAAUGAUAAUGAUCCACGCUUGACCCUGGAGGAAGCAGCUGACCUGUGUAGAAUACAGUGCCUUUCUGUAGCAAUGAGAAUCAUUUUGCCACUUUGCCAGAGAGCGAAGUUAAGGAGAAUAAAAGGAAAAUGGAACAGAGACUCUCUCGUAUUUUUACGCUUGCAAAAAAGCUGUGAUCAUAUGGCCUUAGAUCUAAUGAGAGAGCAUUGCAAAAAGACAGAGAUAAACUGGACUCAUGUUUCUGAUAUAAGUGAUGAUUUACUGCUGAAGAACAUUGCAUAUUACUGUGAAAAAGAAUACAAUGCAGAUCUGAAGUUGGAAUUAGGGGAACAAAUAAAUGAAAUGUAUAAACAUCUAUGGAGCAGCAUAUUGAAAUUAUUUCCACAAGGAGAACAUUUUCUGUCCUAUGAGCUAAGAACAACAGUGAAACCUUUUCUGACACCGGAGUCAUCUGUGAAUAUGGAAGACGAGGAAAUUCUACCUACAGGGUUGUUACCUAUGCGAAGUGAUAUCAUUGAAGAAUUUGCUGGAGAUGCUAUGAAGGAACUACCAAUUUUAAACAGCGAUGAUCCUGUUUUUUCUUCACUGUUAAGAAAAGAAACAUGUGAUGAACUUAGGCGUUGGCAUUUAGGUCGGCCACUUAGCGAUGACUAUGACAGGACAAAGAAUAAUCAGCAAGACUUGCUAAAAGACAAAAAAGCAUUAAGAGGUUACCAAAAGUACCAGGCAUACAACUAUCGAUAUGGUCAGACGUUAGGGGUGAAAAAACUGAAAAAAAUCAUAGUGCAGAAUGAUCAACCAGAAGAGAAAAAGAGUGCUUACAAAGCUCCUGCGACUAAGAAAAAACCUCUUGUGAAAAAGAAGGAUCAAAUAAUAGAGGAGAAUAUAAGAAAGAGCAAGGCCGUUGAAGAAAACAAAGAGCAACAACAAUGGAAAACCUUGACCUCAUCUUUGAAAAAAGGACUCAGGGAAAAUUUCUGCUCUGGAAUAUCACAGUUGGAAAAAUCAAUCAAUUUUCUGCAGACAUGUACCGUCAGAUAUCAGGCACAGAUGGAGGCAUUAACCAUGUGUUAUGAAAUAUGGCUUCAACACUGCAAAACUGUGUCUGAAGGCCAGAGAGAUAUGAAUAUUGCAGUGCAAAUUAUGAAGAUUAUACAGUCUAUCAUGGCUAAUCACAAAGAUAUGUUACAACGCGCAGAUAAGGACAAAAUAGCUGCUUAUCUUAGCCUACUAGGUUUUGAGAACCUGUCCUGUUCAUUGAAGGGAUCUGAGGUACAGAGCACAGAAGAUAAAAAAAAAGGUUAUGGAGUUGGAGUUGCUUCGGCUCGUUUUCAAAUGAAAUACAUGGGACCAUACUUGAUGAGAGAUGAGAGGAAAGACCGUGACCCGAGAGUGCAGCAUUUCAUACCAGAUACAUGGCAGAGGGAACUCCUUGAUGUGGUUGACAAUUAUGAAUCUGCUGUAAUAGUGGCUCCCACCUCAUCAGGAAAAACCUAUGCCUCUUACUACUGCAUGGAGAAGGUGCUGAAACAAAGCAAUGAAUCAGUUGUGGUUUAUGUUGCUCCUACUAAGGCUCUUAUAAACCAGGUUGUAGCCACUGUAACAUCUCAGUUCAACAAAGAUCUUCCUUCUGGAAUGACGCUAUGUGGGGUUUUUAUACGGGAUUAUCGAUAUGAUGCAUUGAAUUGUCAGGUGCUGGUGACAAUUCCACAAUGUUUGGAAAUUCUUCUGCUAUCUCCCCAUCGGCAGGAUUGGGUGAAAAAAAUCAAAUAUGUAAUAUUUGAUGAGGUACACUGCAUGGGAGGAGAAAUUGGCGCAGAAGUCUGGGAGCACCUACUAGUCAUGAUUCGCUGUCCAUUCUUGGCUUUAUCUGCCACAAUUAGUAACCCAGAGCACCUCACCGAGUGGCUUCGAUCGGUCAAAAAAUACUGGCAGCAAAAUGAUGAAAGAGAAUCUAGUCUUGUGACAAAUCCACCACAAAAGGAAAGACAGAAUAAACCGCUAAAACCAGAAAAGAAGUCAUACAGAGUUCGACUAGUCUGUUAUGACAGGAGAUAUAACGACUUGGAGACAAACAUUUGUUCUGUUGAAAAUUCUAAGGUUACAUUUGACCAUUAUCAUCCAUUUGCCGCCUUAACCAUAGAUCAUGUGAAAAACUAUGGAAUCCCAAAAGAUCUUACAUGUUCUCCUCGGGAAUGCAUACAGCUAUAUGACACCAUGGUGAAAGUACGGCCAACAUGUGCAAAUAUGAAGACUUUAGAUCCAAAAGAGAAUAUACACCUGAAGGACAAUAUAUUAAUUACCAAGGAUGAUGUAAGAAAAUAUCAGGAGGCCCUUAAGAGUGAAUUAGUUGACUGGAUUGAACAAGGACAUUGUGCACAGGUUUCAGAGGUACUGGAGACCCUUAAACCAAAUGAACCAACUGAAGAGCUGGACACCAAAGAAUAUUUUCCGCAGCUUGUUGAAGAACUAAACAAAAUCUGCAAACUACCUGCUCUGUUUUUUGCAUUUAAUAAGUCUAUGGUGGAAGGACUGGCAGAACGGUUGUAUUGUCAUUUAAGAGACCUGCAGAAAACGAAACAGACUCCUCAGGAUGAGAAAGAAAUUAGCAAACUACAAGAUAAAGCAGCCAAACUAGAAAAAACCAUACAGAUCAACUCAAGAAAUCAGGAGUCUCAGGUCCUCAAACAGGCUAAUUACAAUAGUUUAAUGCAGAAAAUUAAGAAGCUCCAAGAAAUACCCCCAGACUGUACCUAUGCUGAUGAAAAGAGUGUGGAUAACAAGGUAAGGCAACAUAAAAUAGAAUACUCAAGUCAUACUAGAUUCAAGAAACUUAUACCGCUCUCUAAGAGAGGCAUUGGUUACCAUCAUGAAGCAGUUGAUACUAGAGGAAGAAAUUUUUUGGAAAUGCUGUUCAGAAUGGGAUACGUUAGAGUUGUAACUGCUACUGGCUCACUUUCCCUGGGAAUCAACAUGCCAUGUAAAUCUGUGGUUUUCCUGCAUGAUUCAAUUUUCCUGGAUGCACUAAACUAUAGACAGAUGAUAGGACGUGCUGGAAGACGAGGACUGGAUCUAGAGGGAAGUGUGUAUUUCUUCAACAUUCCAGUACCAAAAGUGAAAAAACUUAUGAAGUCCAAUGUUCCAGAGCUAAGAGGCCAGUUUCCUCUGAGCAUUUCUCUUGUACUAAGACUCAUGCUUCUGGCAGCCAAAGCAGAUGGCAAAGAGGAUGCUAAAGCAAAAGUGCUAUCAGUUUUAAAGCAUUCCCUUAUGACGUUCAAACAUCAAACUGAAGCACAAAUGUUAAAGCUUUACUGUAUAUUCUCACUGCAGUUCCUGCUAUCCAAGGAAUACCUGGAUCAAGACUUUCAUCCUACAGAAUUUACAGGACUUGUUACCCAGCUACAUGAUCAUGAGCCAUCCAAUUUUGUAUUUGUCUCCUUCCUUGAAAAAGGUCUCUUUCAUCAGCUGUGCAAGCCACUACCUGGAGACACUACAAAAUUUCCAGACACUGUAAUGGAAUUGUUGGUUCUGAUACUGGCAAACUUAUUUGCAAGAUCAUAUUUGGCACCAAGCAGGCGUUCACCUGAGGAUGCAUUUAAUCAGUCAAAGGUCUGUCUAGAAGAGCUACCUAAAGACUUUGCUGAUGCUGUUAAGGAAUAUAACAGGAACGUUGCGACAAUCUUUGGUCACUGCAUUCUUACAGCCUCCAAGCUGGUAGACAUGGACAAAGAAUACCAGCUACCUCUCGCACAAAUCAGCUUUUCAGGCAAGGAGUGCAUGGACUCAGGACUGGUGGAUCAUCUGAUGUCAAACUCAGAAGGAAGAAGUGGCAUAUCCCCAUUUGCAUGUCUGUCUGGAAAUACAGAUCAUGACUUGAUGAAAAUGACAAACGUUAGCAGUCUAAUGUUGCAAACCGCUCAAAUACCUGAAAAGUAUAUUCCUUUAUACCAUCUUACUUUUAAAGACAUUUGUGGAAGAAAAAUCUUUCUCAACUCGUAUGCCUUGGAUUUUUACAAACAUGGUUCCUUGGGACCCCUUAAAACUAACAAUGGGCUUGACAAGGGUGAUGCAUAUGACAAGCUGAAAGAUUUCACGCAUACCAUUGCAUCCAUUAGUGUAUCCAUGAAAGAAUUGUGCGAAGAUGAAAAUGACCCAGUUGUUUUGGCAUUUGCUCAGCUGCAUACCAUAUAUUCUGAGAAAUUUAGUGCAGUGUAG